GAUUAUGCACAGCAAAGAGAUGGCCAUCGAGGGCCUGCCGCUGAGGAGGCAGGAGCGCGGUGCCAACGAUCAAGACAUUCUUGCUGGAGCAGAUUUUCUAUCAGUCUUCAUGGAAUCAUCACUCAGAAGGGCUUUCAGCGAAACCACCUCAACUACAGCCCCCACCACAAUCGUAAUAGUUGAAGAAGAAAAUACUCCGCAGCAAACCCCAACUACCAUCUUCACUCGACCCUCGAGAAGCACCCAUUCAUUUGCUCAAACGACAGAACAGUUACAUGUUAGUGAUAGGAACCUAAUUUCCAGUGAUUCUAGUGAUAGUGAAGAAGGCGUCAUAGUGGCGGUCAGAGUGUCGUCUUCUGUAGGUAGAUCAGUAAAUAAAGAACAGUUCCAUAACGUAGAUAGCACAACGUUUCAGCAAACUAUCACUUUGACGACUACAGAGUUACCAGAUCAAAGUUUCGUAGCUAGUGAAGAGCACCCCAGUAUAGUAGCAGCCGUGAGUAAAAGUGAACUUAGCGUGGAAGAGACCGAUCCAAUCACUAAAGACAGCGAUAUAGUUCAAGACUUCAGCGGGGGAUAUCCUGCUAGCGUACGAGAGCUUCCUAACCAAGCUCGCUCUUCGUACGACCCCACGGCAGGUUUCAUAGACCAGGCAUCAAGCAAAGACACCAAACAACCCUACCAAACCGUAAUAUAUCACGAUAACCCCAGUGAGGGUGCUAGAGCCAGGUCAGUGUCGUACAGUUCCAUUAUCCAAGCUCUUCCACAGGCUUCAGCCGAGACUGACAAGUCUGCACCCCAUGAUCGACACGAGAGAAACUACAAUGGUGCUGGAAGUCCCUACUCCAAUAUCUACAACUCAAACAGUGCCAAACCUAACAACACCAGGUCUGGAAACCCUGUAACACAGUGGAAAAAGAACUCUAAUGGACAAAUCAACCCUACAACCGAGAAAAACUGGGAGACCCAGGAGAAGCCUUACGUUCCUCCAUCUCCUACUCCUGCUCAUUUGCCGAAGGUCUUCGGAAGACCGGAGCAGAACUACGAGGUGGACGAGGCAGUGAGCGUUGUGACCAAUGGCAGAACACAUGGUGUACAGCCUAGCGUACCGUCGAAGCCUGAGAAAAAAGAGGAAGAUAACCAGAAGGUGGGUUACGUUGUUGAAGGAAGAAACUACAGGAGGUACAGGGUGGAAGAGCGAACACCUGAUGGCUUCAUUGUUGGUGAAUACGGGGUGGUUAGUCAUGACGAUGGUUCACUCAGAGGCGUGCGAUACACAGCUGAUGGUACCAUCAACCCGAAAUUGAUUUCAGAAGCUCUGUUGAAGUUUUUGUCGCUGUGAUUUCUUGCCACUGAAGCCAAUGUACUGAUCGAAUUUUAGUUCCUUUUGCGAUUUGGUGCAGUUUCCUGCUGACAACUGGUCUAGUUGAAUAGUAUUUAUUAUAUAAAGAUUUUCAACGAAGUUUUUAAUUUGUCAUCAGGAAACUACUUUAUUCGAACUCUGUCUCAUUUAACCGACUCUUUAAAUCAGACAAGAGUGAUAUUUGCGGGAGUAAGAAAUUUCCCUGAUCGAUUGUGCUAUCAUAAAAUUAUGCUCACAUUUUCUAAAUUUAGGUAAUCUCGACUUUUUGUAUCUAAUUUUAUUGAGAAGGUAAUAUAAUGUAGAACAUCGAAA